AUGGCGAGCAGACAAGCCUUACAGCCAUUGUUUCUUCUUCUUGCUGUCUUUUUCAUCAAGUUAGUAAUGGUGGAAUCAAUAAGAACCCCCUUCAAUAUGACUAAGGCUGAGAAUAGUGAUAAAUAUCAUGUUGAGAAGCCGGAGCUUGUAGUUCAAAUGGUAGAAAGGAGUUUAAAUAAUUCGAAAAGAAAGCUGAGCUCGUGCGAAACGGGGAACCCCAUCGAUGACUGUUGGCGUUGUGAUCCUAACUGGGUUAACAACCGAAAGAGACUGGCUGAUUGUGCCAUCGGAUUUGGCAAAAACGCCAUUGGAGGUAAGAAUGGCAGAUUUUAUAUAGUUACAGAUCCAAAUGACGAUGACCCGGUCAAUCCUCGACCUGGCACUCUGCGGCACGCUGUUAUUCAAACCGAACCUCUCUGGAUUAUUUUCCAAAAAGAUAUGGUUAUUCAGCUCAAGGAGGAGCUUAUCAUGAACAGUUAUAAGACUAUUGAUGGUAGAGGUGCCAAUGUUCAUAUAGCAAAUGGAGCUUGCAUUACAAUUCAGUAUGUGACCAAUAUUAUCAUUCAUGGAGUUCAUAUCCACGACUGUAAACCUGCGGGAAUACAAAUGUUAGGAGCUCCCCGAUACAUUAUGGGUUUAGAACCAAGAGUGAUGGAGAUGGGAUUUCCAUCUUUGGAUCAAGCGCAAUUUGGGUUGACCACUGUUCAUUGUCAAGUUUCGCAGAUGGAUUGA